CGAAUGCUUCCACACAAGCACCUCCCUCAACUAUACACAGAAACAAAAAUCCCUCCCCACAUGUGCAAACGCAGAUGGCCAAACCUGUGCGUUCAUACAGGCAGACACACUUACAGGAGCGCAGAUGCCCCCACGCAUACACACACAGAACCCUCCCCCAGGCCCCCCACGCCGGGGGCUGUGCUGGGCGGGUUGAUGGAUUGUGCCACACACAGCUCAGCGCUGCGCUGCUGCUGGUCUAUCGGCUGGGAUCUCGGCUGCAUGGGCUAAUCCAGCCCUGACAUCACAUUCCUCCACAGUGGGACUCCGGGGCUGUUAACCCUGCCAGGGCUGGGCCUGGGACAGGAGAUGCUGGGGUCGGUGCUGAGGCGCAGGGGGAUGCCCACCACCCUUGUGUGCCGGGUCGGGUGGGAGCCCCCUGCUGCGGCGAGUCGUGCAGGCUGGGUGCCUUCUGAGCCUGGCCCCCUGCAAGGCCCCGACCGGCGCCGGCCCCUCGGUGAGGACCAGAUGUGCUCCUGAGCCUGGCCAGGCCCCAUUGCGACAUGUUCAACCCUGUCAACUCCCCAACCAACGGCUACGCUGAGCGCUGCUGCCUGCGCCCUCUCCACGGACUGGCCACGGGUGCCCCAGGGCCGCAAGGACUUGAUUUCCCCUUAUGCCACCAGUCAAACCUAAUGAGUAGUCACCAUGGCUAUGGGCUGGUGCCAGGAACAGAGCACCCAGGUGGUGGUGAUGGCUCGUGGUUCUCAACAACCCGCGGUGCAGGCAAGCUGGGCAAGAAGCGGACACUGUCCAUCUCACCCCUGUCAGACUCUAGUGUUGACCUGCAGACGGUAAUCCGCACCUCACCCAACUCCCUCGUUGCAUUCAUCAACUCCCGUUGCGCCUCCACCAGCAGCUCCUAUGGCCACCUCUCCAUCAGCACCAUCAGUCCAUCACUGGGGUACCAGAGUCCACCAGGGCAGCCAAAGGGCCAAGGGCACCUGUUCAGCCACACCCCCCCCCUGCCACCAUAUGCCUCCCAUGAACACCUGUCCACCCGCCCAGGGCUCCUGCACCAUGCACCAACUCGUGGGACCCUCAAACACUGCCAGCAGCUAAAGUUGGAGAGGAGCCUGAGUAGCCCUCUGACAGCCAAACACCCAGAGGAGAGAUCUGAAGGUGACAUCUCCAGCCCAGCCUCCACAGGCACCCAGGACCCCUUGUUGGGGAUGCUUGACGUUCGGGAAGAUCUGGAGAAAGAGGAUGGGAAACCUGAGUCUGAGACUGUCUAUGAAACCAAUUGCUACUGGGAUGGCUGUGCCAAAGAAUUUGACACUCAGGAGCAGCUGGUGCAUCACAUCAACAAUGAGCAUAUCCACGGGGAGAAGAAAGAGUUUGUAUGCCACUGGGCGGCAUGUUCCCGGGAACAGAGACCCUUCAAGGCUCAGUACAUGUUGGUGGUACACAUGCGACGUCACACAGGCGAGAAACCUCACAAAUGCACGUUCGAAGGCUGCAACAAAGCCUACUCACGCCUGGAAAACCUCAAGACACAUCUGCGCUCACACACGGGUGAGAAACCUUACGUGUGUGAACACGAGGGUUGUAACAAGGCCUUCUCCAAUGCUUCUGACCGAGCCAAACAUCAAAACCGCACCCACUCCAAUGAGAAGCCCUAUGUGUGCAAGAUCCCGGGCUGCACCAAGCGCUACACAGACCCCAGCUCCCUGCGCAAACAUGUAAAGACGGUGCACGGCCCUGAUGCCCAUGUCACUAAGAAGCACCGAGGUGAUGUGGUGCCAGGCCGUGUACUGCCAGCUCCCAGUGGCCCCCCAGACAUGAAGCAGGAGAAAGACACAAAUGGCUCCACUGAGGCCCGGAAGGAUGACAGCAAGCUCUUGGUGCCUGACUUGGCCUCGAAGCCGCAGCCCAGCCCAGGUGGGCAGUCAUCAUGCAGCAGUGACCACUCCCCUCUCGGCAGCACCACCAACAAUGACAGUGGGGUGGAGAUGACGGGCAAUGCAGGCGGGAGCUACGAGGAUCUGUCCACAUUGGAAGAUGUGGUGCCUGGUGAGACCAUGGGCACCUCAGGGCUCAUGGCCCUCCACAGGCUAGAGAAUCUUCGCAUUGACAAACUGAAGCAGAUGAGGAAACCGUCAGCUACCAAGGGCCUGAAUUUGCCAGUCAUCGCAGGAGCCGGCCUGCCUGGGAUCUCUGUGCCACCGCCAGCCGCCUCGCACCGCCGCAUCACAGAGCUGUCAGCAUCAGAGAUGGGCAUGCCGCUGAACGAGCGCCGGAGCAGUGCCACCAGUACUGUAAGCUCAGCCUACACCGUCAGCCGGCGCUCUUCUGUGGCGUCCCCAUACCUGGCUGGACCAUGUCUGGGUGGUGAGGCAGGGACAAUGCCUGGUGGGGCAUGCCUGGCAAAUGGCUCUGACCCCAUCUCUCCAGAUGAGUCGCGACGCUCCAGCGAUGCCAGUCACUGUGGAGGGUUGCCAGGCGUGGGCAGCCUCACACCAGCCCAGCGCUAUCGUCUCAAAGCCAAAUAUGCCGCAGCCACAGGUGCCCCCCCGCCAACCCCGCUGCCCAGCAUGGAGCGGGUGGGCAUAGGUGGCCACAGCGGCUUACAUGGGGACUACCUCAAGCCAAAAAUGCCCCCCUUCCUUGUGAAUGGUUUGCUGAGAAGGCACGGUUCCAAUGACUACCCUGGCUAUGCAGGCAGCAUUCACCCUCACCUGGUGCCUGGGAAUGGUGUGCGGCGGGCCAGCGAUCCUGCCCGGACAGCAGCCAACCCUCAUGCUGUACCCAAGGUGCAUCGUUUUAAGAGCAUGGGUAACGUGAAUGUGCCAGGGGCAGGCAGAGCUGUCCUGCAGCCCUUGGGUGGUUCUGAUGCUAACCUUCAGCGCUAUGUCUUCUCUCCACGCCCGCCCAGCAUCAGUGAAAAUGUCUUUCUGGAGAGUGUGAGCACUGAGGGUCCUGGCCCAGGCACAGAGUCUGGCUUGCUAGAAAUGGAUGAGUAUUCGAACUACCUGGAGGAAAGCUUCCCAUGCCAGGGGACAGGUGUGGAGCUCCAGUGUGAAGGCCUGUAUGGCAGUGCUCACCGGACCAUGGGGGGUAUGCAACUGAACCCAGGUGGGCACGGGGAUAUGGAGGAGGGAUUGCUUCAGUCUGAGUUCUCCCUCCCUCAGUGCCAGAUGAACCAGCAUUUUUCGAGAAUGUGUGCUGGCAGUGGGACCAUGUCAGCUCCUUGGGAGGAAACUCACCAAGGCAAUCUGGAGAUGAGUUCUGGGCAGCCAAGUGUCAGUGCCUCUGCUUCUGCCAUGUCUGGGGCACACUGUCACCAUCAAAGUACUCAGUACCCACUACCCAGUUCUUGUGAGCAGCAACCCAAACUUGUGAGCUCAUGUCAGGACAGUGGAUUUUCUGAAGGGCACCGGCUUAACCGACUGCAGAUCAAAUCGGAGCAGUGUUACUCAUCACCUGCCCCACCGCUUGGUCCCUGCCAGAAUGUCAAGCCUACCGGUCCCAUACAGCCUCCUGUGUCAUUUGGCCAAGCCACGAAUGCAGUAUCCAGUGGUUAUCGGUCUGAGGAACGGGCACCUGUCAGCUACAUGGGCAUGUUGAGCCCGGGGGGUAGAAGAGCCCACACCCCCACCUUGCAGGCCAAAGAAGUGAUGGUCCGUAGCUAUGUGCAGGCCCAGCAGGCUCUGAUGUGGGGUGAACAGUUACCCUCCAAGGGAGGGGAGGCUGGCAUGGGGGUGGGCAGUGAACCUGGGCAGUACCAUGCCAUGCAAGCACCACUGUACCUCAGCCCCAAAUACUCUGGUUACCAAGCCAAACCAGAUCACCUGCAGGGUCUGGCAGAGACCCACCACCUCCUAAACCCCCAGUGCUUCAACCCUGAGAUGGUGCCACACCCACCUGGUGGCCCUAAACCACAGGGUCACCAAAACAGUCUCGACUAUGUAGGCAAUCUGGCUGAGCCAAAUCACUCCUAUGAGGGAGUGGAAGCCAGCUCCCGGCGAGUGCUUCGCUUGCCCCCUGUCCGCCCCACACCUGAAGGGCCCAACAAUACCCUGCUAUAUUACCCAGGCCAGGGCACACACCUGCAGGUGGGCAAAGGUGGGCAUAAGCUGCUGGAUCAAACAGCAGCAAGCUGCGGGGGUCCUGGGCAUUACGGUGGGAGUUCAGAAAGCCUCAAGGGUAGCUCAUAUUACUACCUAGAUUCAGGGGAGCAGGUGUCCAACAGCCUGGACUCACUGGACCUGGAGAACACGCACCUUGACUUUGCUGCCAUUGUGGAAGAUUCAGAGACACCUGCACUGCUGCCUGGAUCCCCAAGCCCUGCUGGUGGCCUCCUGCUUCCGUCAUCUGGUGGUGCCAACAUGGCUGUGGGUGAAAUGAGCUCUAUGUUGAGCACUCUGGCAGGGGAGAGCCAUUUCCUCAACUCCCUGUCCUAACUAGGAGGUACCAAUCGUCAGGUGGGCAUGUCUGCAACCGAGGGGGCCCAAACUUCAUUUGGGUAGAGGCAUGGAAUCCCCCCAGUGCCUCAGGUUUAUGCAUGGGGGUUAGGUUGGGGAAGUGGGGAGAAACACCCCUCCAGUCUUUCCCUUGUCUGGUCUGUGGGUGUAAGGCACCGGGGAGGGAUGUUGCUGGGUCCCAGACACAACUGCAACCCUGAUCAUGUCAGUCACCUCUGGAGUUGGGAAACUGUUUUUUACUGGGUCGUCCUAUUUCAGUUCCACCUUUCUCUGCAUCUGCUGGCCCUCUGGACAAGGUGGUCCUGUGCAGUCAUGUUGAAACCAAAGAGUUCCAUUCCCCCCUAUCCCUGCAGGCAGCCCCCCUCCCUAUGUUCCCAUUGCCCCCUUAUAUCCUAAUCUUUUUGUGACUCCCCCUGCACCCCCUCUUGCUUGGCAAGUUCCCCUCCCUCCCCUCGUCCACCCCCUUCUCCUGUCUUGCUCAAGGAUGGGAGAAGGGGCAGGCAAUUCAUCAUAAGGAUGGGGCAUGUGCGUGUGUAUGUGGGGGGGUGGGCUGGUGCUGCCUGUGCCACUCUGUACAUAGUGUGCAUAUGUGUAUGUCUUUGUCUCCCCUGUGGGUAUUACCCCACUUUUUCUUUUGUUUGAAAAACAGCAGUUCCCCCUGUCCCCAUUAAACCCUUUCUCAGGGGA